UGGCUGCCAUUCUGGUCCCAAGAGUGGGGGUGAAACUCGGAAAUGAAAAAAUGGGAGAGAGCAAAUGGCAAAUUUUGUCGUGCCUGAAAUCUGGCAAUAGUUGCGAUGAGCGUUUCCAUAAUAAUCGGUUGUAAUAUAGUGUUGAAAUGAUUGAGUAGCGAACUAAAAGAUUAGCUGAAAUUCAAAAAUGAGCUGACACCCAAAAUGAAGAAAUCAUUCAACGCUGUUGUGGUGGAUGCCAGAACCGACAGCCUCGAUCAAACGAGGCGUCUAUACAGGGCCAUGACGGACAUAGCCCAGAGGCUCGACGAGCAGAGGAGCCGAUCUCUCUCAGUUGUGGACUUAUUUUCACCAUCCGGAGAACAUCUAAGGGCUAAGUUAAGAGAUUACUGCGAGAGAUUGAUAUUCAAAGAUCCUGUAGGACAUGCUCGUAAAACAGAAGAGCUUCUGUGGAGAAGAGGCUUCUACGAUGUUGUUGCUGCUGCUAAGAAGCUACGAAGGGGUAGUGGUUGGAAUGAGACUGAGAGGGCAUUUUUGUCCUCACACUUAGCUGUGGGUGUAGGAUUUUACCAUCACUUGAUUCUACGGCUCCAGCUGGAAUGCAGUUUGGAAUUGAUGGGUGUUAUUGACUUUGCAUACCCCCAUAACAAAGAAGGAUUGACAAGUCAUAAACAAAGCUCAUUACAAAAUAAAAUGCACUCUGAGGAAGUCAGGCAAUGUGCCAUAAGAUUUAUUCACCGAAGUUUAAUCUGCCUUGGAGAUGUAGCUAGGUACAGACUGGACUUGGAUCCAUACUGGGACCCAAAAAUUGCCCAUCGAUACUACAAAAUGGCAGUCUUGAUCAAUCCCUACAUUGGAAUGCCACAUAAUCAGCUGGGUACUAUGUCUGGGAACAAGAACUAUGGACUAGAUGCAGUAUACUAUUAUACCAGAUGCAUGUUGUGUCCAGAAUCGUUUGAAGGUGCAGAUGGAAAUUUGAAAAGAAUGAUAACCACCCACUCGUUUACUGGAAAACAAGAAGAACCACUGCAUCGUUGCAUCUCUCGAUUACUUUCUUUGCUGCAACUAUGGAAUUCCCCUACUCCGAAUCCUGAUCGCAUAAAUCAACUCAGUCAAGAACUGUUAAUGGACAUUGAAGGUUGUUUAGCUGUCGAAACGUCUACUUCUCAUAAUAAAAAAGAGCAAGAAAAUGAUGUAGAUAGCAUUGAAUUAUUUGUAAAAAACUUUGGCGAAAAGGAGCCUGACCGUUUGACACAUGAGAUGGUAUUUGAAAUAGUGGCAAUUUGUUUCAUGACCAUACUGAAACUUCAGAGCAAAGAUUCUUCUGACGCCCGAGGAGUUAUUGCUUUUACUUUGGCGAUCCUAUCUCAGUUAUUACAAGCAACUAUCGAAAGGUUACAAGAGUCUGUGAUUAACAUUGCUAUGCUUAAUGGAGAUACAUACCUCGCUACUAAUCCAGUCUUUAUUGAUGAGGCUGAUGAGUUGAAGAUUAUAAGCAAUGAUAACAUCGAGGACAAAAAAAAAUUGUUCAAUUCUGAAAUUAGUUUUCUAGACUGUAACGAUAACCAGAAACAGUUAGAUAAUACAACGGAUCAAUCCUGUGGCUUUGAAAUUUCUUCGAACAGUUCUAAAAAAUCGAAGGAAAAAUCGAAAAGCUUAUUAUCUAAACUCAGACGUCCUCGUAGGCGCAAGAACAGCUCAGAUUCUGAUGCUAGUGAUGUAGAUGCUGGAUUAAAUGGGUCCUCAAGCGAUGAACUAAACUCUGAUAUAUCUGAAACUGAGGAAGACGCUUUGAGUGAGGAGAUUGUUAUGUCCGAUGAUGGAUUAUCGGAAGAUCUCAGUGACAGUGAAACGACUACAUUAGAAACUGAGAAGCAAGCACCCGAUGCUGAGAAAGAGAACCAUGAGAAAGAAGAAGGUAAAUCCUCUCAAAAUAAGACUGAUGAAAAUUGUGAAAGCGAUCAAAAUGCUAAUUCAUUUAUGAAUCUGGAAAACGAGGAGGUGGAUUCUAAACAAAACGAUAAAGAGUCGACCAUAAAUUCUGGCAGUGCAAUCACCAUAACAACAAACACUGAUUCCAGUAGUGUUUACGAUGGAAGUAACAGCUCCACAAAUACCGUAGCUUAUGUUGCACAGUUGAAAAAACAGAAUCUGGACCCUGCUGGCCUUCUCGAUGUUUUAGUUGAUGAGGGAAUGUUAGCUUCCAUUAAAAUCUGUUUCGAUUGGCUAGCCAGUAAUCCCGAUGUUGUCCAGUCUUGUGCGAAGAGCUCAAAAACCCUAUUGAAACGAGUGAUAACCCUGCUAAAUUUAAUCAACAUAGAUACAGACAGCUUAUAUGCCAGCCCAAGGGGAGCAGAGUUCUACCAAAAUCUGAGUAGACAAGACUUGACUAAAGUAGUUGAGGUCCUACCAUUACAGGAAGACAUCGAGCUGAAAGGGCUCAAAGUCUUUGAAGAUUCACAGAAAAAACUAGAUUGGGAGUUUUUGAGAAAAUAUAAAAUUAACAGAAACGAAGAGACACUGGUGAGAUCGUUAAAACUAAUAAGAUUUGGCCAUUUCUUAUGUGAGGUUAAAGACAGUGGUGUAACAUAUGAUGAAACGAGGCGUUUAUUCACCAUUAUGGAUGCUGGUAACAGUGAAUCAAACUUAGAUUCUACGAGAAAUGAUAAAGAAACUGAAACAGAUCAUCCACAAGGAAAACUGAUGAGGCACAUGGGUCGGCUCUGGCUUAAGGCUGAAGUCAGAGCUCUGGAAAGCAGGUUGCGAUCAAAAUUGAUGUCUCCUUAUCUUGUUCCCGAUCACGAGGCUCUCUCCAAACACACACCAGCGCUCAAGCGUCUUGUCUAUGCCAAAAGAUUUAUUGUAGUCAUUCCUUCCGUUGUUGUCUCUGCAUUAGAUGAAGUAAAACGUACGAGCGGCAAAGCAAGGGAAGCAACAAGAUGGUUGGAAGCGCAGUUGAAACGAGGAUCAAGAUUCUUGCGAGCCCAAAGGCCCCAUGAGCGACUUCCGAUUCCGCUGGUGAAGGGACCACGGCCCAAAGAUAAAGAGGCUUGGCUCUACUUCCAAAUAAUUGAAUGCUGCCACUAUCUUACAAACCAGACAAAGGUUAGUCUCACUAAUGAAGCUGAGGCUCCUGUCGUGACGUUGCUAACUGGCUGCACAACAGAAGAACAAAAAACCGCUAACUUCAGUCCUGUUGGAUUAGCAAAGAGUGCAGGGGUGAAUCUGGAGCACAUAGAGUCAUUCCACACUAAAUGGAAGGCAUCUAGCAAAAGCCAUGGUUGAAAUUCCUGAAGAAUGACGAGAGCACAGCGUCUGCAAUUCUCGUGCGGGAUAAUGAUACCAUGAAUUCGCCAGCCUAAAGAGUAAAAGGGAACGAGCGCAUGAAGGGGUGAAUAUUGAGAGGAGUGCGAGGGGUUGAAAACCCGCAACCGAAAACCAACUGCUAUCCCGAAUUAUCCAUAAAAUAAUGCCGGUGCAAGCAGAAUCAUCGGCCGCUACGUCGAAAAAAAAGAACAUCUAAUUAAUCCCGUUCUCUCUUCUAUUUCUAUUUCGUUCUGUUCUCUUUUCUUAGUUUUUCCAAGUUCAAAUAAAAAAUUGUACAUCCAACGCGGAUAUUUCUUCAUAUCAAUAAAAACCUAUUACACCCA